UGUUAGAAUUACAGCCAUGAGUGUAGUUGUAAAACCACCUGUUCCACCUAAAACUAUUUGGAAACCUGGUAAGGUAAAAGUGGUCAGAGCAUUGUGCAAGUAUGAUGCGCAACGUGAAGAGGAAUUAUCAAUCGAAGAAGACGACUUAUUGUACAUUUAUGAGAAAGAUACCGAUCCAGACUGGUGGAGAGCCAAGUGCGGAGAACAAAAGGGACUUAUACCUGCUACCUAUGUCGAAGAACAAACAGAAGAGAUCGAGUUGCCCCUGCACGAUGCUGCGAGACGCGGCAAUGUCUCCUUUCUAAGAGAAUACUUGAAGCAGGGUAUAUCAGGGACUGGUUUAGACGCAGCUGGGAACACGCCGUUGUACUGGGCAGCACGUACAGGUCAUCUGGAUUGUGCGAGCGAGCUUCUUAGUUUGUCAAAUCCUGUGAUAAAUGCUCAAAAUAAAAUGGGUGAUACACCACUGCAUGUGGCAGCGAGUCAUGGACACUUGGAUAUGAUAAAUUUGUUGUUGGAACAUGAUGUGGACACAACGUUGAAGAAUAACGACGGCUUCACCGCAGAGGAAUUAUCUUCCGAUGCGUCCAUCAGAAACGCGAUACAACUACGGCAACGCAAUUAUGAGAGUACACAAGGCUACGGCGAUGAAGAUUAUAACGACGACGAGAAUAGCGAUUAAGAAAUUUCGAGUUAUAUAAGAAUUCCAUGUUACAAAAAAGUGAGCAUGUCACAUAUAAUAUAAAAGAGAAUAUCACAUAUCAAAUAAUAAUAAUAUUAAUGUUUAAGAGAUCUCAAAUGAUGCUCAUAUGCUGUAAGAAUCAUCCUUUUAUACCAUAUGAUAUAUAUAUUCGCAAUGUCUCUUUUACCAAUAUGAAAUAAUAAAUGAAAAUUCUCUUUGAUUAAAAUUAUAGACAUUAUAAAAAGGAUGGUAGACACACAUACAUGUUAUAUUAGUAUUUUAUUGUUACUGCCAUUAGCAUCAUUUUUCAGAAUAAAUAUUUAAAUGUGCAAUAAUCUAUAAAGAGCAUUUGAUAUAUAUACAACUAUAUUCAAACUAUAAUAAUCACAAUUGUUCUGUUGAUUGUAAAUUAUAAUUAAAUUAUAAAUAACAAUUCACACAAAAAAGUCAAUUCAAGGAAAAAUAUAGAAAUAUGCAAGGCCAUCAUCUAUGGAUUGGACAUGUGUAUAGACUAAACUUAUUUUUUUAAUAUAAAGUUCUUAUUUUUUCAUAAAUUAAUUUU